CUCUUGACCACUCCAUUUGCAUACGGGCGUUCUUGAAUACGGAUCCCUCGUGUCACCCAUACCUCUCCGGCACCGCCUUAGAGGCUACACUGAUUUCCUGUUUGGGUCAGAACAUAUAUACAUACAACAUGGAACACCAAAUAGACUUCCAAGACGGUACCAAUGCUGGGAAUGGCUCUAAUAAGCCGCUACAGAAAUUUAUGUUUAUCGAUCCGACCAGUCAUGGAGCCAACGCCAAACCAAACAAGGCGGUACGGUCUUUUGUCAUGCAUCAUGCACGCCGAGCGAAGCCUUGGAGUACCCGCCAGAAGAAACAUGACCGAGUUUUGAAACCGAAAAGUAAAGCCAAAACUGCAGAGUCAUCAAUUACGAAUCCUCAGGAAUCACGCGAAGCAACCGUUGUCUCCGCCACCCCGAACCCGACCGCUCAGGAGCGCACUUCUACCCGACGUGGCAGGGAUACUCAGACCGGCCUGACACCAGCUAGCGCUCGUAAAGGUUCGCCUAGACGAUGGGGCACUCUUCCAUCCGGCGAAGGGAAUGCUUCAGUGAUUCCACGCAAUCAAGAUGUGAGGGCAGCCGCGCCGCGAGCGCUUGCACGACAUGACGGAUUUGCCCUUGGGGUUACCGACCCAUUCGAUUGUCUGCCAGUAAAACUGGACAAGAAGAAAAGCGCAAUGCUUCAUUACUUCGUCUCUGCAAUCUGUCCCCUGCUCAUACCGGUGGACAUCUAUCAUUCAUCAACGAACCUACUCAAAACCCAUUGGGUAGCAAGCUCACUGCAGAACAUCACAAGCCCCCCAUUUGCAUAUGCCCUGCUCACCUCGAGUGCACUUCUGCUUAUGCUGCAAGGGCUCUGCCGCCUUGAUGAAGUGCUCUAUUUCAAAUCUAAAGCCAUCUCAGAAAUCAACAAGCUACUAUCGGAUCCUAACACCAGCGUAGCUGACGGCAAUAUCGCCGCUGUCUUCACCCUAUUAACCCUCGAAGAGUACCAACUUGUCCCAGGGAAUCAGUCGCGGGACGAGGCUGAUUGGAGCGAGCUGCAGAGGAAAAUCCAUCUCAACGGCCUAUGCACUAUGAUUAGCCAGAGAGGUGGGCUUUCUGCAUUGAGUACGAACAGGUGUCUUCAGACAUUCAUCAUGAUGCACAGCACAGCACAUGCGACAACUACUUUCAAAAGCCCCUAUACCACGCUCCUCGACUCGACUGGCCGGCAUCCGCGUUAUCCCACUGCUCCCUCUCCACCCCCAAAUCUACGAGAGGGUGUGAUUCAUCUCUUCCGAAAUCUCAAGCUCCCCCAGUCUCUUCUCGAUAUCUUGACCGACCUCGCCCUCUUCACGCACGAUACAUCGUCCUGGUAUGCAUACCGUCAUUCUCCCGUCGACCCGCUCGAGUUGCAAAAACAUGGUUGCGUCCUCAACGCCCGACUCUUAUCGUGGUACUCUGGCCAUUCACGCAACCGAGACAACCAAGAGGAGGGGACCCAAGGUUUCAUGCAAGAUGCUAUCGCUCUCGCAAGCCUCGUCUAUGUCAUAAGAAUCACACAGCCAUUCGGUCCCGGCUUCCGAGGCCAGCUCUUCAUGACAGUAAAGAAGUUGCGAACCGCACUGGGUCGAGCGCCGGCAUCGCGCUGGGUGGACAGCGAGGACGCGCUGCUAUGGACAGUGACAAUGGGGGCGCUAGCUAGCCUCGGAACCAAUGAGUUCAGCUAUUUCAAGAAGUAUGGGCGUGAAGCUUUCGCAGGGUGGCGAGGAAAGGAAAAAGGAGUCGAGGACCUGUUGGGAAGGAUGAGGAGUGGUCUGUGGCUUAGUGUGCUGAUGGACGAGGAAGUGAAGCCAGUAUGGGUUGAGAUGCGUAUUGUCACUGACGAGACAGUAACGGCUCUGGAGGAAGACGCGAAUGAGGGUGAAGGUGUCACAGCCGAAACUGAAACCGAUGUAAAAGGGGAAGAUGCUGUAGGUAGGUUGACAGGAGCGAGAUUCUUCUCACCAGAGGCAGAAGUGAGAGGUAAUGAUGAAUAAGUUUGAUAGAGUAGAUAAGCCCGAAUGCACCGCUGAAUGAUGAAAUUUACUUAUAGG